GGAUGCAGACUUACCACCGGACCGGACGCCAAUGCAAUCAUUCCUUGGUCGUUUUAUUUGGAACCUAAAUUUGGCUGCUUCCUAUAGUCUACCAAUCAAAUGUUCCUUUGAAGUAAAUUCGCGAUCUAAUUUCUUCAGCAAGUCCGUCUUCACAGUUCACAAGAAUCGUUCUUGGCCAGCUCAUCUGCUUGUCUCAGAAUUUUUCUCAACUGCUAGCCAUCUUCUUCUUAAACGAAUACACCCUUCAACAAUACAUGUUUCUUUAGUAUACAUUUAUCCAUUAGGUAUCUUGCAGAAAUGAAUAGUCUAAACUGGGCUAUCUUCGUUCCUCUGUUUGCUGCCUUCUUGACUACACCUAAUGCAGUCGCACGGGAAAGGAGUCAACACACUGAACGAAUAUCAGGCAGUGCUGGCGAUGUUUUGGAGGAUAAUCCUGUGGGAAGGUUGAAGGUGUUUGUCUAUGAGCUUCCUAGCAAAUACAACAAGAAAAUUCUCCAGAAAGACCCUAGAUGCCUUAAUCACAUGUUCGCAGCUGAGAUCUUUAUGCAUCGCUUUCUUUUAACUAGUCCUGUUCGAACCCUUAACCCUGAAGAAGCUGAUUGGUUUUAUACUCCAGUUUAUACAACUUGCGACCUUACUCCAAAUGGUCUCCCUUUGCCAUUUAAGUCCCCUCGAAUGAUGAGAAGUGCAAUACAACUUAUUUCUUCAAAUUGGCCUUACUGGAACCGGACAGAAGGGGCUGAUCACUUUUUUGUCGUGCCCCACGAUUUUGGAGCUUGCUUCCACUAUCAAGAAGAGAAGGCAAUUGAAAGAGGAAUACUUCCUUUGCUACAACGUGCUACCUUGGUUCAGACUUUUGGACAACGAAAUCAUGUUUGCUUGAAGGAGGGAUCAAUUACAAUUCCUCCUUAUGCUCCUCCUCAGAAAAUGCACGCCCACCUCAUUCCUGAAAAAACUCCUAGGUCCAUCUUUGUUUACUUUCGUGGGCUAUUCUAUGAUGUUGGAAAUGAUCCAGAAGGUGGUUAUUACGCAAGAGGUGCAAGAGCUGCAGUAUGGGAGAACUUCAAGGAUAAUCCUCUUUUUGAUAUAUCAACGGAGCAUCCAACUACAUACUAUGAGGACAUGCAGCGAGCUGUGUUCUGUCUUUGCCCGCUUGGAUGGGCUCCUUGGAGCCCUAGAUUGGUUGAGGCUGUGAUAUUUGGUUGCAUCCCUGUUAUCAUAGCGGAUGACAUUGUUCUGCCCUUCGCAGAUGCAAUUCCUUGGGAAGAAAUUGGGGUGUUUUUAGAUGAGAAAGAUGUUGCUAACUUGGACACAAUAUUAACGUCCAUCCCACUUGAAAUGAUAUUGAGAAAGCAGAGACUGUUAGCAAAUCCUUCCAUGAAACAAGCAAUGUUAUUUCCACAGCCUGCUCAACCUGGAGAUGCUUUUCACCAAGUCCUGAAUGGACUUGCCCGUAAGUUGCCUCAUGACAGGAGUGUCUACCUUACGGCCGGUGAGAAGAUUCUAAAUUGGACCGCAGGUCCGGUGGGUGACCUGAAGCCCUGGUAAAAUUUAUGGUCUCUGAUAGUAAAAGUUUUUUUUUUUUUUUUUUUUUUUUUUUUUAAAAAAAAAAAAAAAAAAAUUAUUUAUACAAAACGUCAGUAGCUAGUCAUCGUUUGCAGCGUUACAUAUGUUUGGUACUAAGGAACAAACUAGGAAGGAAGUUUGUCAUAUCAUCUGUAAUAACAGCACUUUUGCGCUUAAUGCAUUUAGAAUUUAAUAACAGCACUUUCGCGCUUAAUGCA